UAGUUGGAGUCGACUUUGCUACAAUGAUGAAACUGCUUUUGGCCCUGGCCUUCUGUGUCCUGGCGGCUAAUGCCGUUGAGAUCCGCGAGAAUGGUGAGAAUGGAUGGUACGUCCCCCAGGUCGAUGGCAGCCUGGAGUGGAUGGACCGCGAGGUGGCCGAGGCCUUCCUGGAGGCCAGCAGCCGCAAGGAGGGACGCAGCGUCCUUAACCCCGUGACCUUUUACCUCUACACCCACUCGAACCGUGACAACCCUCAGGAAAUUAAGGCAACCUCCGCCUCCAUUUCCGGCUCCCACUUCAACCCCAACAAUCCCACCCGCUUCACCAUCCACGGCUGGUCUUCUAGCAAGGACGAGUUCAUUAACUACGGAGUUCGCGACGCCUGGUUCUCCCAUGGAGACAUGAACAUGAUCGCCGUCGACUGGGGACGCGCCCGGUCCGUCGACUACGCCUCCUCGGUGGUGGCCGUCCCCGGAGUAGGUGAGCAGGUGGCCGACCUAAUCAACUUCUUGCGCAACAACCACGGACUCAGCCUGGACAACACCAUGAUCAUUGGCCACAGCCUGGGCGCCCAUGUCUCGGGCUAUGCCGGCAAGAACGUGAAGAACGGCCAGGUGCACACCAUCAUUGGCCUGGACCCCGCCCUGCCCCUCUUCAGCUACGACUCCCCCAACAAGCGCUUGAGCUCCACCGAUGCCUGGUACGUGGAGUCCAUCCAGACCAACGGAGGAACCCUCGGUUUCCUGAAGCCCAUCGGCAAGGGUGCCUUCUACCCCAACGGCGGCAAAAGCCAGCCAGGCUGCGGCGUUGAUCUGACCGGUUCCUGUGCCCACAGCCGCUCCGUCAUCUACUAUGCCGAGUCCGUCCAGCAAAACAACUUCCCCACUAUGAAGUGUGGUGACUACGAGGAGGCCGUCUCCAAGACCUGUGGCAGCUCCUACAGCUCCGUCCGCAUGGGCGCCACCUCCAACGCCUACAUGGUGGCCGGAGACUACUACGUUCCCGUCCGUAGCGAAGCUCCCUACGGAAUGGGCAACUAAAGCCGUUUCAGCCAAGUUAAUAAAUUGAGUAAAAGCUCUGUGAGCCAAAGCAA